AUGAAGUGUCAGUGCGGCAGGCAAGUGAAGCCAUUCAAGCCGAAGAAGGCCACCGACUCGGACACCACCCAGUCCAACGAGCUGAAGGAUGUCGGCAAGGGGCAGAAGAACAAGUGCGUGGCCGUCGGAGGCGGCGACACUCCAGGUUCAGACAGCCUCGCGCUCAUGCAGCAGACGAUGGUGGCCAUGCAGGACCUGCUGCGCAAGAAGUUGAUUGGCGACGAGAUCGACAAGCUCAAGGACAACCUCGCCAAGGCGCAGGCGCGCGAGCGCGAGGCGGCCUCAGUGCUCGCGAAGGCGGAGGCGGCCAGGCGUCUGGCGGCCAAGGACACGGCAGCGGAGAGGGGCUUCAGCGAGACGGAGAAGUCGAGGGAGGUUGUGAAGGAGUUCCUCUUCGAGGUGAAGAUCGACGAUGAUUUUUUAGAGUCGGCAGAGGUGGUGGACAACGAGGAGUCAGACCGCCAGAAUCUGAAGGUCAAGCACUCCUGGAACCAGAGGAUGGCAGACCUGAGGCAGGAAAUCGACGAGAGGCUCGCCGAGAAGCGGCGCGCCGACGGCGACGGCGCCUCCCAAGCGGCCGCCCCUGAGGACGGCCCCACUCCUGGCGCGGCCUGUGGAGGGGGAUGGCCGGCGGCGACCGCGCCCGAGGCAGAUGCCACGGGGGCCGCGCGUGGAGCCGCCGCCGACGGGGGCGAGGAGAAGCGCGCGAAGGAGGCAGCCAGCGCAUCAGUGCAGCCAAGCUGGCGGCGGCGCGCGGCCAAUCAGGCUUGGGAUUUUGUCUCCACCCAGCCCCACCACCACAUGGGCCUCGUCCAGGCCCACAUGGACGCCGACGGCCUUGCCGAGUGGGGCGACAAGGCCAGGGAGACAACAGUGAGGUUGCUCGCAAACCCCGCCGGGCCCUCUGGGCGCGGCGCGGCCUCGUCGCGCCAGGCUCGCAGGACCAACGGGGGAGGCGAGUGGCUGCUAGCACAGGGCCAUCGCAGUGUCAGGAGCCUGGCGGAGUUGUGGCGGGCUCUGAAAUCAGACGGCCACGACGGGGCCGCGGCAGGCGUCGCUGGGCCAGCGGCCCUCGAGGGUCGGCAGAUGCAGUCCCGCGACCCUUCGGCGGCCUCGCCCCCCAGCGGUGGCGCGGUGGCGGCGCGCAGGUCUGGCCGACUGGCGCGCCAAACGCCUGCGGGCAGGGCUCGCGGGCGCGCGCCAUGCGCGGAGGCGGCGCAGAAGCUCAGCUCCGACCGCCUGGCCGAGCUGGAGGCGGACGGCCGCGGCGGUGCCCGCGCCUCUGCCGCGGAGGGCUCCGAUGGGGGCGGCGCGUCCGAGAGCGGCGCCGACGACGACUACGGCGAGAGGCGCAGGCGGCGCCGGUCCAGCGAGGCGCUGCGCAGGCGGCGCAGGCGCCGGACGCUGCAGGAGACACUGCUGCUGGGGGCGCGGGGCGGCGGCGAAACGAGCCGGGGGCAGACCUGGCGGCGCUGCCGUUCCUGGCGUGCGAGGUGGGACCCUCCGCGCGGCCCCCGCGCCAGCUCUGCGGGGCCUGCCUCGGGCUGGGCAGGUAUGCCUGCACACUCUGCGGCGGCCGCUUCUGCGGCAUCGCCUGCCGCACCGUCCACGACCUGGCGCUCUGCGCGAAACGCGCCUGAGGAGCGGAUGAUUGGCGCCCCCUGGCACCGACGGGCUGGCGGGCGUGGGCUCGGAGAAAUGGCCUCACGUUGGUUCUCGCUUUCUCCCUCCCGCCCUCGUCGUGUCCUGCUCCGGCUCCUGCUUCCUCCUCUUGCUCCUCUUCUGGGGCUGGACUCCAGGUGCUGA